GUGCAUUUCGAGAAAACAGGUUCUGUGUCUUAUGUAGUGUGCCUAACUUGCUAAUAGUAUUAUCUAUGACAGCACUGACAUGUCAUGGGUGUACAUGGGUUGACUACAUAUGUGGAGUCUAAUAGAAACUUCCUUCAAGAUGUGAGGUUCAGGGAUAGUCGGCUGGUUAUUGACGGCUGCAGUCUAUAUUUUCGCCUCUACUUUCACCACGGCUUGGAUCAGCAGCAUGGGGGGGACUACGAUGCGUUCGCUUGCCUUCUCACCCAGUUCCUCUCUGCUCUGGAAGCCUGUAACAUCCAGCCCUAUGUGGUGCUGGAUGGGGGGAUGGACCCAAGUGACAAGAAGUUCGCUACCCUCCGUCAGCGUCUGCAGUCCAAGAUAAGGGAAGCGGACUGCAUCUCUCAUGGCCGCAAUGGCUCUGUCCUCCCAAUCCUCAUAGGAAAAGUCUUCAUUCAGGUCCUAGCUCAGAGGGGAAUCCCGCUGAUACAGUGUCCAGCAGAGGCAGACUGGGAGAUUGCCUGUUUGGCGCGCCAUUGGAACUGUCCAGUGCUGACAAAUGACAGUGAUUUUUACAUCUUUGACCUUCCAGCUGGUUAUCUGCCACUUCGUUUUUUCCAGUGGUCCAAUCUUAAUGGAAAAGCUUCUCAGCGCUACAUCCCAUCCCGAUGUUAUAUCACUAACAAUCUGUGUCGCUGGUUUGGGGGCAUGAAUCGCGAGUUGCUGCCUUUAUGUGCAGUCAUAAUUGGUAAUGACUAUGGUGCUCCAAAAGAGGCUGAGACACUCAUUGCUCACAUAGAUGUGAGCACUUUAGGAAGAGGCAAUGCCCGCGGUAGAGGCAGAGCACCUGCUUCUCGUAUCGAGUGCCUCCUUAUUUGGCUGUCUUCUUUUCCAAGUGUGACGGAGGCACUGGCGGAGGUUAGCAGGCUAAUCGAUGGAGAAGCUGGGGCAGGCAAGAGAGGGCAGAAGGGUGGGCUUAGCUCCCAGCUGUGGGCUGCAAUGCAAGAGUACAACAUCAAGGCCCAUAGCUCUCUUGCUUCCUGGUUCUCUGGAGGUGCAUUACCUCCAAGAGAAAAGGCAUCUGGUUUGGCACAGUUGCCAGAGUGCUUGUCUCUGGCUGCAGCACAGGGACAGCUGCCUCCUUUGGCUCUUAACGCUUUUGUCAUGCAGAGGGCCCUUCUUAGCCCGCAGGUGGAGAAUAGUAAGCUAGCUAGCAGCCACUGUAGCUCUAGAGCCAUACGACAGGCUGUGUACGGGAUUUUACUGCAUAAAGCUCCAAACACUGCUAGUCAGGGACAAGGUACCGGAGCACAAGUGCAAAUGCAAGGAGUCAGAGGUGGAAGAGGACGAGGAAGAGGCAGGGGUCAGGAAGGGUUGAAUGAAGGGGCAGCUAUAAAACACAUAGCCAAGGGAGCUCCAGUGCAAUCACAUGGCUUUAGUUCUUCAGUUUUUGUGGAAGAAUAUGACCGUUUGGACCUAAACCUAAAGACAAACCAAGUGGAGGCAAUUAUCCCCAGGAACCAAAUACAUCUGCAUGGGCUCAGUCAGGCUUCUGCUGCAGUGCGACUUGGUGUCCUUUUAGAAGUCUUAGGGGUGAAGCAGUCAGCCCUGGCUCCGGUCCCUCUUCAUCUGCAGCUUGCUGUUGCAGUGACUGGAUUCUGGGUGCGUGAGGCCAUACCAACACCUUCACAGCCCAUGCUGCAGGCUUUGGUGCUGGGCAUGAUUUAUGGAGAGCUGGCCUCAAACAAUCAGCCUGGAGCCACCCGCAGAACACCAGUUGCCCUACAGCUUAACUGGGCCGCAGAAGGAAGUGUUCUGUCAGCACUAGAUCGCCAACGGGUGAGACCAGGUGAAAGACGAGGAGUGGACCUCGGAGCGGCUCACUGCUUCAGCCAGUGGCAGUCAUGCCUCUGGAGUGCGCUGUGUCUGAAUCAGCUGCUGCUCAUGCCCCUGCCCGAACCCAAUGUGUCAUGGUUAUUUAGUGGUACCUUGGUACACGGCCUCCUCAAAUGUCAGAAAGCAGGCUGGCCUGUAGACUCCCUACUGCCUGGUGGAUCUUUAUCUGGACAGCUGUGUUCCUGCCUGCUGAAUGCUGUAAGGGACUGCAGCUUCAAAGCCAACCCAUCCUGCUUGGGAUCAGGGAAGAAGAAGAGAGGCAGAGGUCGAAGAAGGGGUGGAAGAGGACAACCUCGGGGUGGAGGGAGAGUUUCAGAGGAGAUAAACAACAGGUUUGCUCUCCUUAUGAGUGAGGAGGAGUCUGAUGAUUGAUAGAGAGGCAGAGAGAAGUUAACAGAUUUUUGCUCAGAAAAUGCUCAUAGGUUAUUCUUUCGAGGAGGAUAGCAUUUUUAAUUUUCACUGUCAUGCUUUGCACUAUUUUACCCUCUUUCAGUAAUAUCUAGCUACAUGUGUUUUAAGUUUAAGUGCAGUUUUGGCACUGAUGGGGGGUCUGGGGUUGUUUUUUCACUCCAUGUUGUUGCCCAACAUGGUGUAAAAAGCUCACAUAGUUAUUGUUUUAGUGUGAUAGCUUAUAAAAGUGGCUAAUGUUCCCAUUAGCUGCCACCCCUUCACCAUUCAAUUUACCCCUUCACCAUUUCAAAUCCAUGUACAUAACUAUUGUAGUGAAUUUAUUUAUCUUGGUAUAUUUACCACUGAGAUGAGAAAAUGCUCACAUUUUAUGCAAAAUUUUAGAUUUUUUCUGAAAUUUGUAUUUUACAACAUAUUGCAAUCAUGAUUUUGACUCCAUCCGUUUGGGAGAGUCAACUAUUAGGAAAAAUGAUGAUGAAUGAUGAUCAUCAGUUUUCACAGCGGGUAAGAACUGAUGUAUGAUUGGCAAAAAACAGUGGAAGAAAGCAACUUUUCAUACCUUUAAAAGACCGAAGCUGCAAAAGUAAAAUAUGGUAAAGGGGCAAAAUGAUCAUCCUCAAUAUAAUUUAUGCAAUCCAUUAAAUAUUUUGCAACAUUAUUGCCUUAACAUCAACUAAUGUGGUCAUGUUUACAUUUUUGAAAGAAUGUACAUCAGAGCAGUGCAAAAUUACAUUCCUGUUCUUUUUUAAUCCCACUUUUGUACUUGUAACAACAUAAAGCUGAAAAUAAAAUGUUUACGCAUGUUCUUCCAA